AUGGACCACCCAGAUAGAUUAGGACGAAGAAUGAGAACCGGAAAGAGGAGCGCAAUAUGCUGCUCUCCGACUGGUCCAGUAGGUGGAGGCACGGUAAGAAGGCAGCUUGGAAGAUCCUCCCGGAGUCCCGGACUUGAUAAGAUGAGUGAGAAUAUGCCCCAAAGACCUCACGUUCCACGUAACUCAGGCUCUUACGGGACAUGGAUGCUUCAGGUACUAUUUGAACAGGAGGAAGCUCGUUUCCCCUACUGUCAGCAACCGAUGGAUAAAGCCAAACACACAAUUUUCGACUGUUCUCACUGGGAAUCAAUGCGGCUGGCAGUGAACGGGUUCAUAGACAACUGA